ACCUCCACGGCCUUGCCUGAGGGUGCCGUCCUGCGGGUGGGUCCACGGGAGAGCGUGUAGAACAUGCAGGAGGGAGAGGUCCCACCUCCCAGGUGAGGACCGUGUUUGACCUGGUGGGCAUGACGCCCCCUCAUGCCCGCUGGGGGAGGAAGGUUCAUGAAGGAGUCGUUGUGUCUGUGGCAAUGACUCUCCUUUUCCCAUUGACUCAGGAAGUCCAGAAACCCAUCUUCGAGCAAGGCUGCCUCGACCCUUCAAGGAGAGGGGGCAGAUGGCGGGUGGUCACGCCCAGCACGCACCUUCCAGACCCUUGAAAGCCCCAAACGGGAAGAGGCAACGGAGAGCACCCAUGGCGCCCAGGGUUCCCAGGCUAGAGGACGAGGAUCCUCGGCUCAAGUGUAAGGACUGCGGAGCCUUUGGGCACAACGCAUCCAGCACCAGGUGCCCCAUGAAGCGCUGGGACGGGUGCCUGGCCCCCCAGGCCUUUGUCCCCAGGAAGCCGAAGGAGAAUGUGGAACCACGCCAGCAGCAGGACCAGCCCAAGCCCGGGCCCUUCAACCAGGCUGCGAGGGACAUGGGAGAGGGACAAAGGCGAGAAGCCCAGCAGAGGAAGGCGCUGCUGCAGAGAUUCCCCAGGAUGGGCCCUGGAAGGCAGCAGCGAGCCUGGAGGGACUCCACAGAAUCCUGUGACUAUGUGAGGCAUCCGCACAGGCCGAUGCCCGUGUACACCACCAAGAGGGUGUCCGUGCUGGAGCCGCACGUCCCGGCUGAGCCUCCUAGCGGGACGCCUGACACGACACAGCUGUCCCCGUCGGCUGCUCCUCUCGGGAGACCUGCGGCGAGCACCUUCCCGCCUGCUGGCCGACAGGAUGCCCAGCAAGUGGGGACCCCAGCCCCGCCUGGCCUGCCUGCCCCGCCUGCCCCGGCACACCUACGCUCUGCCCGGGAUCCAGGCCUCGGUGUCCAGCUGAGACAACACCGGCCCCGAUGUGCCUCCCUCGAAGCUCCCAGGGCUGUCUCCAAGGCGCGUGGCAUUGGCCACGCCCAGGCACCAGCCCAGCGUCCUGAGGUGAGCCCUGAUCCUCCUCCAACCCGUUUGGCUCCGAGUCCCCAGCCCCACAUCCAGACACCAGGCAAGAGAUGGGCCCCGCUCCCCCACGACACGUGCCAGAACCCCCGAAAGAAACCCCGUUGCAGCCCCUUCCAGCCACCCCACAAGAGCACAGGGAGCACCCACGUGGGGCUGCGCCAGAGUCUGUGUCGUCCAGCAAGGAGAAGUGCAUGUGGUCCCACGGGGGCAGCCCAGCUGACCAGGAAGACACCUGCCUCGCUGCAAAGCAGGGGCCUCCAGCCUCCACGCCCCCAACCUCACCUGGACACUCUCCAGGCGUGCACCUUGCCCCCGUGUCCGCCCUGUCCGCAGGCACCCGGCCAGCCCCUGCGAAUGGUCUUCAGCCGCCUGGACAAAGGCGGCUGGAGCUCCAGGUUCAUGGCAGCUCCCUGUCUGCCACCUCCCGAGAGGCCAGUCCCCCCUGGCCAGGGCCCGCCCGUCACACACCGGUCUGAGGGAGGCUGUGUGCCUGUCUCCCGGAGCAUCCUCCACGAUGACCUGCAGCUUUCCUCGUCCUCGGAGGAGAGCGACCGGGAGUGAGACACCUCAUGUCCUCGGACACUCGUCCUCUGGCUCUUGUGACCCCGAGCAGGUGACUGCGGAGCGGCGGGCAAGGCAGGGCCGUGACCUCUUCUUGCUAAAGCAGCAAUUCCCCCGAAGACCUGCAAGGACGACAACUUGCGUCCACACCGUGUUUGGUGUCCUGCUUGGGGCGGGGAGUGGGUUGAGCGCCCACGUGCGGACGCUCGUGGCGCACUUUUCCUUUAUGCAUCUACACCUUCUGGUCCACCUGCUCCGUCUCAAUCAACGAGGUCUCGUUUCUUUCGUUUCAGUAGAUUCUAUGAGAAAUCCA